AUGGCUGCUUCUAGGCUCGUUGAUCUUAUCAAGUCAAAUGCAAAGGCCCUCCCACCUAUUUCAAGCGACUCAUUCGGGUCUCGAUUCGACCAUCUGGGAAAGUACAGAGUUGUGUUACUUGGAGACGGAACCCAUGGGACAUCAGAGUUCUAUCAAGCUCGAGCGGAGAUAACCAAACACCUGAUUCAGAAUCACGGGUUUGAUGCCGUAACUGUCGAGGCAGAUUGGCCAGACUCAGAAGCAGUAGACAGAUAUGUUAGACAACGCUCAGGAGUUAAAGCAAAGAUUGAACGCCCAGAGGAGCCCGCCUUCCAGCGAUUUCCAACUUGGAUGUGGCAAAAUUCAGACGUGCAAGAUAUGGUGCACUGGAUGAGAGACUACAAUCGCAGUCGUCCGUCAACCAGUCGAGUUGGGUUUUAUGGAUUGGAUUUGUACAGCAUGGGCAGAUCCAUAGACGCUGUCAUCAAAUACCUGGACGCAAUUGAUCCAAAUAUGGCGAAGCUCGCUCGCCAGCGAUAUGGGUGUUUGCAACCAUGGGUUGAAGAUCCGACAGAAUAUGGACUAGCGAGUUAUCUUGACAGUGGAAUGAAAACAUGCGAAGAAGCAGUUCUUGAUAUGCUCCGCGAUCUUCUCCAGAAGCGUUUAGAGUACACAGAAGCUCACCAAGGCGGAGAUGAGUUCCACAGUGCUGAACAGAAUGCAUAUCUCGUAGCCGAUGCGGAGGCGUAUUACAGGGCAAUGUAUUCAGGCGCGGUGGACUCUUGGUCUCUUAGAGACUCUCACAUGUUCGAGACUUUGAAACGCAUCCUUAAUGUCAAAGGAGCGGAAUCCAAAGUCGUUGUCUGGGCACACAAUAGCCACAUUGGUGAUGCUAGAUAUACUAGUAUGGGAAGACGCAGAGGAGAAUUGAACAUUGGCCAGCUUUGUCGCGAAGAAUUCGGCAGAGACAAUGUUGCUCUGAUUGGAUGUGGUACACAUACCGGCACAGUCGCAGCAGCUCAUGAAUGGGGUGGGGAUGUGGACAUCAUGGAUGUCGUGCCUUCGAGGAGUGAUUCUUGGGAAUACCUGACUCAUCAGUCAGAAAAACAGAUGUUUUAUCUUGAGCUCAGGAAAAAUAUCGCUAAUCCAGAGCUGCUCCAUGCCAUGAAAAUAGCGUCGCCUCGGCUAGAGCGAUUUAUUGGUGUUAUCUAUCGCCCCAGGACCGAACGUACCUCGCAUUAUUCGUCUACUGAUCUCGCAGACCAGUUUGAUGGCUUUAUUUGGUUUGAGAGAACUGAGGCCGUUAAAUCUUUGGUAAUGCACCAGCCGCAUGACCAUAUUGGAGCGGACGAGACCUAUCCCUUUGGGUUGUGA